GCCGAGGGUCCGGCGUCCGCCUUGGCGGGUGGGCGUGAUGACCCGCACUCCCCAAGCCACUGCGGGAUAGAGAGGGGCCGGGGCCUCUCAGGGGUGGCCGCGACCGGGGCGGCCCAGGACACGGCUGCGGGUUCCGGCCAACAGGCCCGGAGUCGCGGCCUCGGCUCCGCCGUGGAUGCACGGGGUAGGGCUGCGGGGACUCCUGUGGGCUCCGCGUCUGCGGCUGGCAGGAAUGGGGAUCGUCCCCAGAUCCCGCCUUCCUGGCAGGGCCUCCGCUCCCUGCGAUCCUGCCCACAGUCCAAGGAUCCUCCUCGCCUCUCGCGGACUGCGGCGUCAGCCGCCCGAGCCGUUCCCCGGACACCUGGCCAGGUGACGGCCCCCCACCUCCGCCUGGGGAGGGGGUGGUCUGCGAGUCCCCCUCACCCCCAGCAGACGUUCCCGAGCUCAGGAGGAAAAAAAGGACGAGGAGGGGGCUGCUUAUGAGUCUGUCGGUGUUGAUUUAGUAGUUGUGGAAUGUGAGCCCUGGGGAAAUAAGUGGAAGAGGCAUGUACCGUGUGGCUCCACUGGGGCGUUCGCGAAUGCCUCCUGGAGGAGGAGACCAACCAGAAAGAAGAGGCAGCGUCCAGCAACUGGACAAAGAGGACUGGGGCUGGAGUGUGAUGGUACGGUCUCAGCUCACUGCAACCUCCGCCUCCCAGGUUCAAGUGAUUCUCUUGCCUCAGCCUCCCGAGGAGCUGGGAUUACAGGCGCCUGCUACCACGCCUGGCUACUUUUUGUAUUUUUAGUGGAGACGGGGUUUUACCCUGUUGGCCAGGCUGGUCUUGAACUCCUGACCUUAGGGUCUUGCUGUCUCACCCAGGCUGGAGUGCAGUGGCACGAUCACAGUUCACUGAAGCCUUGAGCUCCUGGGCUCCCAAGUAGCUGGUACUUCAGAGAUGGCUGGAGCUAUGUGGAUGGGCAUAAAUGGCUAAUGUCCAGCAACCAUCGAUGUCAAGUAUCCACACACCUGGCCUGAGUGGAUCCCUCUGCCUUUCAGAGUUUGGGAUAUGAGAUUGAAAAUGACAACUUGGAAUUUUCCUGAGAGAGAAGUACCCUGUGAUGUAGAAGUGGAAAGAUUCACAAGGGAAAUUCCCUGCUUGUCCAGUUUAGGUGAUGGUUGGGACUGUGAGAACCAGGAGGGACACUUGAGACAAUCAGCUUUAACUCUGGAGAAACCAGGGACUCAGGAAGCAAUUUGUGAAUAUCCUGGUUUUGGGGAGCAUUUGAUUGCAAGCUCAGACCUUCCACCGUCUCAGAGAGUUCUGGCAACAAAUGGUUUCCAUGCGCCUGACUCAAAUGUUAGUGGUCUGGAUUAUGACCCUGCCUUACCCAGCUAUCCUAAAAGUUAUGCAGGUAAGAGAACUGGUGACAGUGAUGCCUGUGGAAAAGGCUUCAACCAUUCCAUGGAAGUUAUUCAUGGAAGAAAUCCAGUGAGAGAAAAGCCCUACAAAUACCCUGAAAGUGUUAAGUCUUUUAAUCAUUUUACCUCUCUUGGUCAUCAGAAAAUAAUGAAAAGAGGCAAGAAAUCAUAUGAAGGUAAGGAUUUUGAGGACAUCUUUACUCUGAGCUCAUCGCUUAAUGAAAACCAGAGAAAUCUCCCUGGGGAGAAACAAUAUAGAUGUACUGAAUGUGGCAAAUGCUUCAAACGGAACUCUUCUCUUGUUUUGCAUCACCGAACUCACACUGGAGAGAAGCCUUAUACUUGUAAUGAGUGUGGAAAGUCCUUCUCCAAGAACUACAACCUGAUUGUGCAUCAAAGGAUCCACACAGGAGAGAAGCCCUAUGAAUGCAGUAAAUGUGGGAAAGCUUUCAGUGAUGGGUCAGCUCUGACGCAGCAUCAGAGAAUUCACACAGGCGAGAAACCUUAUGAAUGCCUAGAGUGUGGAAAAACCUUCAACCGAAAUUCAUCCUUAAUUUUGCACCAAAGAACUCAUACAGGGGAAAAACCAUAUAGAUGUAAUGAGUGCGGGAAACCCUUCACUGACAUCUCCCACCUUACAGUGCAUCUCAGAAUCCACACCGGUGAGAAGCCCUAUGAGUGUAGCAAAUGUGGAAAGGCUUUCCGGGACGGCUCGUACCUCACCCAGCAUGAGAGGACUCACACUGGAGAAAAGCCCUUUGAGUGUGCAGAGUGCGGGAAAUCCUUCAACAGAAACUCUCACCUCAUUGUGCAUCAAAAGAUCCAUUCUGGGGAGAAACCCUAUGAAUGUAAAGAAUGUGGCAAGACUUUCAUCGAGAGUGCAUACCUCAUCAGGCACCAGAGGAUUCAUACUGGCGAGAAGCCCUAUGGCUGCAACCAGUGUCAGAAACUUUUCAGGAAUAUCGCUGGCCUCAUUAGGCACCAGAGGACUCAUACUGGUGAGAAGCCCUAUGAGUGUAAUCAGUGUGGCAAAGCCUUCAGGGACAGCUCCUGUCUGACCAAGCACCAGAGAAUUCACACUAAGGAGACCCCAUAUCAGUGUCCAGAAUGUGGGAAGUCCUUCAAGCAGAACUCUCAUCUGGCAGUACAUCAGAGACUCCAUAGCAGGGAGGGUCCCAGCCAGUGUCCUCAGUGUGGAAAAACGUUCCAAAAGAACUCAUCCCUUGUUCGACAUCAAAGAGCACACCUGGGAGAGCAACCCAUGGAAACAUAAUGGUUGGGGGCCACAUGAGUCUUCCAGUUCACUCUCACUCCUGUGUUUAGGAGGCGUGUCUUAGAUCUGACUCCUCUCUGGUCAGUAGAAAAGAAUCCUUUAAGCUAUUCAGUAAAUUGAUGAAUGUGAGACAUUGCUGAGCCACACUGUUAAGUCUGCUCAUUGGGGAACUCGGGAGACAACUUAGGAUGAGGGUAUAAAAGUCUUUGGGGAUGAUUCAGUCUGUACCAGACAUGACAGCACACACACUGGAAUGAAAUGUGCAAACAUGGGGGUGACACUUCUGACAGAGCCUGUGAAUGCAUUCAGAACAUGAUUGGAAUGAAGAGCCCUGUAGUUGGGAGUUUCCACCUUGUACAUAAGCAAACACUGAAUCAACUUUUUUUUUUUUUUUUUUCCAGACAGUCUCACUGUGCAGUGGCACGAUCUCCACUCACAGCAACCUCUGACUCCCAGGUUCAAGCAGUUCUCCCGCCUCAGCCUCCCAAGAAGCUAGGAUUACAGGUGCCUGCCACCACGCCUGGCUAAUUUUUUGUAUUUUUAGUAGAGACAGGGUUUCACUAUGUUGGCCAGGCUGGUCUUGAACUCCUGACCUCAUGAUCUGCCCACCUCGGCCUCCCAAAGUGUUGGGAUUACAGGCAUGAGACACUGCCUGGCCUGAAUCAACCUUUUUAAGUGUAAUCAGAAAGAGAGGCUUUGACAGGGGCUCUUACUGUGUUUUCUGUAACAACAAAGGUAUACAAUGAGAGAGUCCACACAGUGCUGUACUGCACACACCACAGAAUGUGUGAGAUUUUCCUCUUUGAACGUAUGUCUGCAUUAUACUCCUGUAAUAAUGCUGAGGACUCAUUGCAGGAGGGCAAACUAGGUGAAUAAAUUACCUAUGAAUGAACAAUGAAGUCGUUCCUCUUAAGACUGAAACAAGCAGGCCAGACGUGGUGGCUCACGCCUGUAAUCCCAGCACUUUGGGAGGCCGAGGCAGCCAGAUAAUGAGGUUAGGAGUUCAAGACCAGCCUGGCCAGCAUGGUGAAACCCCAUCUUUACCAAAAAUACAGAAAAUUAGCUGGGCAUAGUAGUGUGUGCCUGUAAUCCCAGCUACUUGGGAAGCUGAGGCAGGAGAAUUGCUUGAACCUGGGAGGUGGAGGUUGCAGUGAGCUAAGAUUGCACUACUGCACUCCAGCCUGGGUGACAGAGCGAGACUCCAUCUCAAAAAAAAAAAAAAAGACUGAAACAAGCUUGUGCUAAGAUGGAAAGGGCUGCUUCUAACAGAUGUGGUUUGUUGCUUUAGCUGUUGAAGCAAAAAUACUGAGUUGUUAUGUUUAUGUUAUCACCCCACCACUACCUCCAUGGUUGUUCAUCUAGGAUGCUUCUAAUUCAGCCACUGUGAACCAUUAUAAAGGUUUUAUUGCCAUGUUAAAAAUGUUUAUAAUAUGGCAAAAAGGGGCAUCAAAUAGAAGAUUUACUAUUAUUCCAGCCAUGUAAAAAUAUGUGCACAUAUGGAUGUGUGUUGAAAGUGGAUGAUGGAGAAAUAAAAUGUGGUUUUCUUUGGGGACUGGAA